AUGUCCUCGCUGGAGCAGUUGAAGCUAUCCGGGAACCAGAUCGGUUUAAAGGGGGCUCAGGCGUUGGCGCCCGUUCUCAAGCGCCUCGCCGCCCUGAAGGUUCUUCAUUUGAAUCACAACUGUCUCGAUGUCGACGGGGUGAAGGCUUUGGUGGACUCCCUCACGGGCAUGUCCUUGCUGGAGGUGUUGAAGCUACGUUACAACAAGAUGGGUUCAGCGGGUGCUGAGGCCCUGGCGCCCGCUCUCAAGGGUCUCGCCGCCCUCGGCGUCCUGGAUCUGCGUGGAACCGAUCCCGGGAACGCCGGGCGGAAGGCUGUGCAGGAUGCCGUCAAAGACAUGCCAGCGCUUACGAAGUUGGAGAUAUGGGACUGA